AUGCAUUUCUCCAACUCUAUGCUGUUGAUGACGGCGCUGACCGCUGGGUCGGCUGUCGCUCGUCUUCACGGCCACGACCGCCGUCACGGUCACCCCAAAGAUGUCAAUCUCGCCCAGCCCGCUGUGACUGCUCCCGCCCAGGUUGCCGACAUUGAGAAGCGUGGUGGGGAGGUUGUCGCUACCAUCGAUGGCAAGCUCGUCUCCUGGAUCAACAACUGGUUCGGCGAGGAGUCCACUGAUGCUUCCACCGAGGUCUCUGUGGCCGAGUCCACCGCUGUUCCCACUUCCACUGCCACUCCCAUCGUCGUGUCCACCACCUCGGCCGAGGUCAUCUCGUCCGCCAGCGCCACCGCCUCUGCCUCCAGCUCCUCUAGCUCCAGCUCCAGCUCCAGCUCUUCUAGUUCCAGCAACUGGGCCAGCUACCCCUCCGACGGCACGUACUCUACCACCGGAUUCGGUUCCUCCACCGCCAGCAAGCGCGUUGGCACCCUCGACUGGGACUACGUUGGCAACGUCGGCAGCCCCUGGGGUAGCAACAUCAUCCGUGUCGAAGAGGACGUCGCCAGCGAGUACAAGCACGUUAUUCGCUUUGAGAACGACAACUCCAAGGCCUGGACCGUCGUCAUGUGGAACUCCUACGGCCCUACUGGCGGUCUGAACGGUUUCUGGAGCCCCAACGCGGCUCUGAGCUUCACUGUUGAGCCCGGUCACAGCAUCUUCGUUGCCAUCGAUGAUGACUCCCAGGGUGGUUGGGGUGCCGCCCAGGGCGAGGGUCUCCCUACCAACUACGUCGGUGAGUACGCCUCCACCUGGGGUGAGUUCGACAUGAGCAACACCCAGAACGACGGUUUCUCCGGCUGGGACGUCUCCUGCAUCAUCGCUGAGCUCGCCGACCUGCACAUCGCUGGUAUGCAGAUUUGCAACCACGAGGGUGAGAAGUGCUCCUCCAUCGCCGAGGGUGGUUCCGGCGCUGUCCACGCCUACACCUCCGCCGACCAGGGCAAGACCGACUUGGCCAUUGCCCAGUCCGCUGGCCCCGUCCGUCUCGUUGUCAACCUGGGCUGGUCCUCUUAA